AUGCGUAAGCACUAUGGCUCAGAACAUUAUGUUGCAACUUCUUCUCGUUCUGAGAAUUAUUUUAAAUACAUAAAAGAAAAUGUACUAGAUGACCGACAACCAACCCGAGCCGAUAUGUUUAUAAUUCAACAUAUCCAGACUAUUUUACCUAGAUUAAUUGAAGCCAGAGCUGCUUAUGAUAAGGAGCAAAUGACAAAUAAAAAACUAUUAAAUAAGCCUCAAAAAGUUGCUGAUGAAUCCAUCCUGAAUUAUCAAGAAAAUUGGAAAAACAAAAACAGACUUGACGAAAAUGUGGAUCCAGAUUCCACUGAAGAAGAAAUUUCUAAUGAUAAUUCUUUAAAUGUUGUUAAAUCAAUAAAAAAUAAUGAUAAUGAAACUAAAACUUUUAAAACAGAUGAAUCUAAAGAACUUAUUUUAAAUCAUACAUCGGAGUUGGAAUUUUUAUCAACCCCUGUUGCAAUUUCUGUCGAAUUACCAACUGAAGAAAAUAGUAUUUUAUCUAAUAAAAAUUUAAAUUUCUCAGAGCCAAAAUUCCAUUUUACCUCUGAAACAUAUCCUGAUACAUCAAAACCAUCAAAUAUUCCAGGCAAAGAAAACGUAGAAAAUAGUUUUUCAAUAGUCUUUGACGAGGAACCGAUUAAAUUUAAAAUUCACGAAACUCAGAAGUCAGUCAAACGCAAACAAAUCUUAACAAGUACUCCAUGCCCAACAGUCAAACGAGGAAAAUAUGUUGUUCCAUUUCCAUCUAUAAAAGUACUACAUCAAAAUGCAGCAGCCAAAAAUUCCAAAAAAAAAAAAAACUAA